AUGGCGGGGCACCACAAGGCCGGCAACAACUUCCUUAUCCUAUCGAUAACCCAAAAAACCAACCAUCUUCCCCGCGGUCUCAAACUUUCUCACCACUUCGAGUGUGCCUCGAACCAGCAGAUUCCCACGGACCAAGCCACAAUGCUGCGCGAAGAAAAAGGCGACAUGUCUCCCACCACCGGCUUCCGCGCCUCCCGCUCGCCGCCGCCGCCGUCGCCACCACUGCAAAACAGCGUCCUCGACGACAUCUUCGGCGAGCCCACGACCGCGCUGCCCGCCGCGCAGCAGCCCGCGCCCACCACGUCCAGCCAGCUCGACGACAUCUUCGGCUGCUCGCCGCCACGCGACGACGACGACGAUGACCCGGCCGGACGGCCCAGAAACGCCGCGGCGGACGACUGGCCCGGCACCGCCGCCAGCAGAGACGUCUCCGACAUCCCGCGCCUGCGCAGCGUGCACGUCACGGCGGGCUACCGCGACGGCCUCGCCGAGAGCAAGGCCGGACACGUGCAGGACGGCUUCGACGAGGGGUUCCCGCUGGGCGCCGUGUUGGGCAUGAAGGCGGGUUGGGCGCUGGGCGUGCUGGAGGGCGUGGCGGUGGCGUUUAGGGCGGCGGCGCUGGGGAAGGGCACGGCUGAUGGUGGUGCGAGGGUGGCGGAGGCGGCGGAGGCGUUUGAGGCGGCUAGGAGGCAGUUGGUGGAGGCGAGGAAAGAGCUGGACAUGGUGACGCUGUUCGGUCAGGAAUACUUCGAUGAGGAGGGCAUUUGGAAGUAUCACGUCGAUGGCCUGGAGGACGAGGUCACGUUUGAGGAGGUGGCUGCUCAGCAUCCGCUGAUCUCGAAGUGGCUGGUAGCCGUGGAUGCGCUUGUUGAACAAGCGAGGAUUGAUCUCGGCGUCCUGGACAGACGCGCCAGGGAGGAUCCUGAAGAUGAGACAACGACGGCUGGUUGA